GAGAGAGAGAAGCUGAGAGGGUCUGCUUCCUUUAGUCUAAGCAAAAGAAAGGAAGAAAGUUAAGAGAGAGAGAGAGAGAGAGAGAGAGAGAGAGAGAGAGAGAGAGAGAGAGAAACCCUCUGCUUUCACCCCCCGCCGACGCCGCAGUAGCUUUUUUUUUCAGGAAUGAACGCCGAGACGUGCGUUUCAUACUGCGACAUGACAUCCAUGGAUUCGUAUUAUAGCGCGUCCGCGGCGCAGGCUAGGGAUCAGCAAGCCAACAACCCCUUCAGGACAUUCCCAACCAGCAGCGACACCAAAUACAGCCCGACUUUCCUCAGCAGCAGCAGCAACAGCGGCAACAGCAGCAGCAGCAAAGUUCAGGCGUACGGAGAGAAGUCUCGGAGCCCUUUCCAACAGGAAUGCCAGCCACUGGAUGGCACCGCUGGAGAAGGCACCUUUAACAAAUACCACCUCUUCAUGCAGAGAUCUUCUUGCAAGACUCCACCAGAAAGCAGCAAACUGCACCAGGACACCACAGCCAACGGAGGACUCAUCUCCUGUUACGGUAAAGACACCCCAGGCUUGACCGACUCAGAGCUACAGGCCAACACCGACCACACAGGGAUGGAUGGUAGCUACCUCAGCGUGAAGGAUCCAGGAGCCAAGGUUCCUCAGGAUAGACCCAGCUCGGAGCUGGCCUCGCCUCUGGACAAAGGCGAGGGUGAGAGCAACAAGGGCAAGAAGAGGCGCAACCGCACCACCUUCACAAGCUAUCAGCUGGAAGAGCUGGAGAAAGUCUUCCAAAAGACGCACUACCCGGACGUGUAUGCUCGAGAGCAGCUGGCCCUCAGGACGGACCUCACAGAGGCUCGAGUGCAGGUAUGGUUCCAGAACCGGAGAGCCAAGUGGAGGAAGAGGGAACGUUUCGGACAGAUGCAGCAGGUCCGAACGCACUUCUCCACCGCCUACGAGCUUCCACUCCUCACUCGGCCAGAGAACUACGCUCAGAUCCAGAAUCCCUCAUGGAUCGGAGGUAGCAGCGCGGCGUCCCCGGUGCCAGGCUGCGUUGUUCCGUGUGACUCUGUGACUUCCUGCAUGACCCCUCACCCCCACGCGGCGAGCGGAGUGUCCGACUUCCUGGGCGUGCCCAGUCCCGGAGGUCACAUGGGUCAAAGCCACAUGGGCAGUCUGUUCGGGAGUCCAGGCAUGAGCGCCGGCAUCAACGGAUACGAUCUGAACAUGGACCCUGACCGGAAGUCGUCCAGCAUCGCCGCUCUGCGCAUGAAAGCCAAGGAACACAGUGCAGCCAUCUCCUGGGCCACAUGAUCGCCCUGACCCACUGGCACGGCCGCUCGUAGUGCUCUUUAACAACAUGGGGAGAGAAGAGGACAAAAAAAACGAGCGUGGGUGAAUACCAGAGCAAUCACGAUGCCAUGUGUGGCAAAGGACAAAGACGGUGAGGGAGUGGACUGACUCUGAGAACAGAAAAGUUAUGAUAUUAUAAUAUUAUUAUUAUCAUAAAAAAAAAAAAACCUGUGAAGGAAAACCUCUUCUAAGGAGGAGAAUAAUCUGAGAUCAAUUGAGAAUUAACCAGUGAAGGAUUUGUAGCUUCUGGGAUUAAACUUAAACUUAAUAAUAAAAGCAACCUCUGCACUUAUCAGAUGAACCCGUAGGUCCCAGGUGUAGAGAGCAAUUAUGCAGAAACCGGAACAGGCCUGAGAGUCCGCACAAAUCUGAUACAAAUCUCUUAAUCUGCAAAUUAUGAAAUAUGAAACGGAGCUUUUCUUUCCUUUGGGGCAAAACGAACACUCAGACGUCGUUAAAUCGUUCCACCCGAUCGUUGCACUGAAGAUUUUUUUCUCAUGUCUAACAGCGGCGUUUUCGUCCCACAGAGCAGAAAGUGUUCAUUGGUACGCAGUGUGUGACACUAAGAGAGCGACCCUGGACAGUUAGAGGUGUAGAAAAACGUCGGCUUUAUGCUUUAUGACUUUCGACAGGACGUCGUGAAAUCUGCACUCGAAGUUAGUGUGAGACAUUUCAGAUUGUUAUGAUGUUUUGUUUUGUUUUUUUUAAAUCCACCAAUAGGACGACGGCAAACUUCUGAGACAUAAAGAAACCCGUUACCUUUAGUUCAGUUAGAGGGAGGAUGCUUUAAAUGAGCCUGUUUUCUGCACCAGCUGAUUUCCCGAUCACACUGAUUGAUUAUGAUGUGCUGACUGAUAAUAAUAUGCUGAUCAAUAAUGAUGAUUACACUGAUCAGUAAUGAUUUGCUGAUCGAUAAUAAUAUUCUGAUUGAUGAUACGCUGAUCAAUAAUGAUACGCUCAUUGAUGAUACUCUGAUCAGCGUAUCAUCAAUCAGUGUAUUAUUAUUGAUCAAUGAUGAUGAUACGCUAAACGAUGAUGAUACACCGAUUGAUAAUAACACUUUGAUUCAUGAUGAUGAUAUGCUGAUCAUUGAUGAUGACACUCUGAUUGAUGAUGAUACGCUAAUCGCUAAUGAUGCACUGAUCGAUGAUAAUGAUACGCUGAUCGAUGAUGUUGAUACGCUGAUCGAUGAUGAUGAUACGCUGACGUUUUCUUUUCAUGGCAGGCGUAUCAUUAGAGGUUCUUAGAUCUCUGUGGUAUGGUAUAAUCUGACCUGGAGAACUCAAAAGAUCCUGAACAGAGUGACUGAAUAAUAAGUGACACAAAGCGUUGAUUUCGUACAGUCUAAAAAAAUAUCAAAGAGAUCGGCAUUGAGAAAACGCUAAAACUAGUUAGUAACUAAUCGGAAACUUGAACUCGUGAAAAUUCCAGCUUUAAGAUGAUUUGAGAAACUUGAGAAGCCCACUAAAUUUAAUCGAGACUAUUAAACCACAUCGAUUUUUCAACCAAUCGCUAGUCUGCGCUAUUUGUCUAGCCCCGCCCACAUAUCCCAGCUCAGCUAUCAUGGUACCCAUGUCAGAGUGUGACCCAAAAUUCAGCUCAGGUUCACCUCAUAGGCAUGGAAAUUGCAGCAACAUGAAGAAUUAUGGAUAAUUUGCCUUCCUUACAUGUCUGGAUAAAUAAAAUUUGACAUUUGCAUCGCAGUAAAAAAUGCUACGUAAUGUAUUCCCCUUCUGUGCAGAUUUAGCAAUCUGUCACGAGUUUAAAAAACAAAAGAAAAGCCGUUCCCUCGCUCCAAGAGCUCCCAGGUGAGACGGCUCUUAACGGCUGACCCGAGCCUCACGUUAGCGAGAUGACAGAUUUGUUGAAAUAUAUUAGCAGUUCUUCUACAUCUCAAUCCAAAUUUAUUUUCUCUCCUGGAGAGGAUCAGGGCUAGAUGUUGAAGCCGAAGUGAUGCCGCGCGUGUCCGAGAGCUCGGACCGGGGGUUUUUCCACGGCUAUAACAAUAACGUCAAACAUCAUCAUGGCUCCUAGAGGGACGAGAUUCCUGGAAGUGGGAUCUGACAGUGGUUUGGGACAUUAGGCAGGAAAAGAAAUAAACUCUAAGGCUCGAGGUUUCGGACGCCGAGAAAUUCUGCUGAUUUAGCCGAGACCUCUGGAGGGUUUAUCUGAGCGUCCGAUCUUCCAGCGAGAGGGCCGCUCAGAAUACGAUACCUAUAAACAUUUAAAAGCAGGCCCGAGUUUGAUCCUUACUUCAUUAUUUUUUUGGCAGCCGUCCCUCCGAGUCGGAGAGACGUCCAGCUUUCUACACCGUCCCUCCUUCUGCGUCUUUAUCGGCGGAAAUUUCACUCACACAGCUAAAAGCUACGAAUUUUUAAGUCCGAUUUGCUUUGCUUUUUUCUUUCUUCCGGAUUCCAGAUAUAGAUCAGGUGAAAGAAAGAAAGCAAAUCUGUUUUAAAUUUGAGGAAGAAUCCGAUACAUAUUUGGACAAGCCGUUUCCAGUGUAGAAAUGGGAACCACGUUUAUGUCAUCUUAAUGGGAGGCUUCGGAGUUCCUGGUGGAGAACUUCAAUCGUGUUCAGAAACGGAGAUGAGCGAUCAGCGCCGGUGUUUAACACGUCCACACUCGCCUGAGGUCAAAGGAUGAAGAUGAUGAUAAAAAAAGAGAGAGAAAAAGGAAGGAAGCUCAGUUGAUCGAGAAUGUUUGUUUAGAUCUGGAAAGAUUCCUGCUUUCGGAAGUGAACGGAGACAACGGUGACUAUUUAAUCGUUAAACCAUUAACAAAUCGUUUUUAGAACUAAAUCAUCAGUUCGAUCAGUUUAGUUAUGUUUUGUUUCACGUUAACGCUUUUAUCUAAAGCUAGUGAAGUCUAGUUUUGCUAAUCAGACCAAAGGCUAAAUAAAAUUCUGGGACAACACGUUCCCCACUCCAUGCUUUGACCUAAAUCGACUGAAUUGAAAGGAAGCAUGUGAUCAGCUGCAACAGAGGAUCAGCUUCAGAAAUCAGGUUCAUCUUACACUAAAUAAACACUACGGUCAUUUUUUUUUACCGCCUACUCGCUUUGUUGCCAUGACGACAGAAAAGUACGGAAUUCUGAACAUUUCUAACGAGCGCUGGACUUUUCCACUGCAGGUAGAUUCGCAGCAUUUAGCAGAAAACGCGCGCAAUAUCAUGUCUUCACCAAACAAUUUCCGUGAAUGUAAGGAAGGAUGAGAUGAAGAACCCAUAAUUAACUAAAGAACCCUUGAAGAACCUUUUGUUCUUAGCGUGUACGUAGUAACGUCUAAUUAUUGAACGUUAUUUCAAAUUUAAGCUUGGGAUGUGACACCAUUUUAGAGAAAAAAAAAACUGGUUCCCGAAUGGUUCCUUAACCUUUCACUGGUUCUCAACUUCUGUCAGAAAGGGUUCCAAGCAUAAGCCUUUUGGAAAUUUCCCCACUGUGGGACAAAUAAAGGUUUAUCUUAUCUUUUUAAUCAAACGAGGAACCGGCAAUUACCUGAGUAUCCUCUUUUUUACCUGCUCUUUAAGGUUUGAACACCUAGAACCUGUGUGAAGUUUACAGUUCAGCUUGUUACUCAGAAUUCUCAGCUUUCUUGAAAGGUUCUGCUUAGAACCAGUUCUGAUAAGGAAACACUACACAGAAGCAAGAAGACUUCAAAAGGACACCAGUGCCCUUUUUUUGCACACUAGGUAAUCGUAAUGAUCCUCCUUAAAGAACCGCUUAAGAACCCCUUUUUUCCUGCUCAUUGGUUGUUACCUAGAACCUCUCAGAAGUUUCCAUUUCAGCUUCUUCCUGCAGUCUGAGAUCUUCCAGGGUUCUCAGAGUGAUUCCUCUUGGAACCCUUGCUGUUUUAGGGUUCUACAUCGAACCUAGCAGGGUUCUAGUAUGAUGAUGCAAUGUCCAGGUUUUCUAAAAGAAGUUCAAGCUUUGCUACAUGAUACCAAAACGGUUGUUUUAGGGUUCUUUAGGAAGUCAGGAUGGGUUCCAAGCUUUCAGGAAUCCAGUUGCAUCUUUUUUUUUUUUUUUUUUUACAUCUUUUUAUAGACAUUCCUGAGGGUUAGUGCUUUUCUUCAGUUCCUCUAAACGUUCCUGCAUCAUGUAGGACAACGUUUUUUUGCUCGCUCUCGGGUUACUCCGAGGGCCAAACUGACGAUAUCGUGUUCCGGCGUUCUGAGAAAGGACGGUCCACGCAGCUGUGUGUGUGGAGUAAAUGCAAAACAAACAUGCCUGGCUCAUGCUCGCGGUCAGCUGUCCAGUCUCCUCUUUCACAAAGUCGCACACUGCACCAGGUUCCACUCACGCUCUCACGCUCGAAACCCCUCCGCUCUCGGACACUCGGGAAGUUUUCUUAAUUAUCACCGGGACAACUGCGGACAGCUCAGCUACAAGAACUCAGGUCAAACAAACGGCUAGUGGGGUCAUUUAGGUUUAAAAAAAUGUAAAAAUUAAAAUAAAAUAUAAAUAAAUAAAUAAAUACUACUAGGUUCUACUAAACAUUAAACCCACCCAAAAAAUAAAUAAAAUAAAUAAAAAAUUCUGAAUGAAGUCCAGCUCUGCGUCGUCGUCCCUCGUCACACUUCUAAUACUACUGAAGAAGGCAUAUCCGAGUUCUAGAAUAAUAAUAAUAAUAUAAUGCUUUUGUGUUUUUUUUGUGUGCGGGCAUGUACAAUUUUCUUGUGCGUUAAAAACAUAAAAAAUGUUUCAUUUUCUUGCUGUUUAGGAAUUUAAAAAAUGUAAUGAAUUUGUUGUAAUUAUCCUUGCCAGGAAUUUUAAUAUUAUUUUGUUGGGU